AUGAAACUUAUAGUUUGCAAUGAACUUCAAAGUAUAGAUACAACAAAAGUUUUGAACUCAGAUGCUUUGAAGAGUCUUAUAACAGACAAAGUUGGAGUUGUUGAAAGAAAGUAUAAAGACCAAAGAGUUUGUGAAAAUGUUGCAAACUUCAUUAUGGUUUCAAACAAUGCUGUUCCGAUGAAGUUAGAAAGUUCUGACAGAAGAUAUGUAGUUGUCAGAACGUCAGAUUCUCAUAUGCAAGAUACAGAAUAUUUUGACGACUUAGCAGAAACUUUGACAUCUGACUUUUACAACCACUUGUUCUCAUAUUUCAUGACAUUAGAUAUUUCUAAGUUCAAUCCAAGACAAAUUCCACAUACCGAAGAGAGACAAACAUUGUUAGAAGCAAACAAGAGUGUAUAUGAACUGUUCGUAGAUGAAACUGACUUUGUGUCAUUAGAUGAAAGGUCUUUAUAUGAUGAUUAUAAACAAUAUUGUCAAGAAUAUGGUUAUAUGGCAGCUUCUAAACGUACAUUCUUGGCAAAUGUCAAAAGUCUUUUAGAUGUUCAGAAUGGUGUAUAUACAAAGAAAAUUUUUUCUGAGUAA